GCCAUAGAAAUUGAAGACCUCCUCCUCUCCCUUUCUUCCUCCUCUUCUUCUUCUUCAAUGGCUGCCAAAGUCUUGAUGCCAAACUCACACAUGAAUCAUAUAACGUCCAUGGCAGCCGCGCCGCCUCCACGGUCACAUUCCUUUGGCAAGGUUUCUUUGCCUGUUCCCAAAACGAAGAAACCAGAAACACAUUCUUCUUCUUCUUCUAGACAUAAUUCAAUUGUUGCCUCAUUUGUUACACCGUCCAUUUCUACUACCAUUUCAAAUGAAAAUCUUGAUAGAUUACCCGUUUCGUGGAGAGAAAUUCAUGGCUCAAACGACUGGGAAGGCCUUGUGGAACCACUCCACCCGCACCUCCAGGGCGAGAUCAUACGUUACGGAGAGUUUGUCAAUGCUUGUUACAAGGCAUUCGAUCUUGAUUCGAGCUCGAAACGUUACUUGAAUUGCAAGUAUGGGAAGAACAACUUGUUCUCGCAAGUUGGUCUUGGGGAUUCUGGUUAUCAAGUAACUAAGUACAUCUAUGCUACUCCGGACAUCAACAUUCCUAUCCAAAAUGGGGCUUCUUGCGGCCGUUGGAUUGGAUAUGCAGCUGUCUCCUCCGAUGAAGAGACGAAGAGGAUAGGGAGAAGAGAUAUACUCAUAACGUUCCGAGGAACGGUCACAAACCAUGAGUGGAUUGCCAAUUUCAUGAGCUCGUUAUCGCCAACCCAGCUUGAUCCACACAAUCCAAGGCCGCGGGUUAAGGUAGAGUCUGGAUUUUUGAGCUUGUACACAUCCAAUGAGAGUGACAACAGAUUUGGACUCGAAAGUUGUCGCGAACAGCUUCUAUCGGAAGUUUCAAGAUUGAUGAGGAAGUACAAAGGUGAAGAAAUGAGCAUUUCACUAGUAGGCCAUAGUAUGGGGAGUUCUUUAGCUCUAUUGCUUGCUUAUGAUAUUGCAGAGCUGGGAUUGAAUAGAGACUUCAAAGCAGCCGGGGAUGAGAUUCCGGUGGCGGUUUUUUCUUUCGGAGGACCGAGAGUUGGGAAUUUGGGGUUCAAGAAGAGAUGUGAGGAGUUGGGAGUUAGGGUUUUGAGAAUUGUGAAUGUCAAUGACCCUAUAACAAAGCUACCUGGGGUUUUCCUCAAUGACAACUUUAGGGUUUUUUUCGGAGAAAAAAAUGACCAGUUCCCAUGGAGUUGCUCAUGUUAUGCUCAUGUGGGUGUUGAAUUAGUCCUUGAUUUCUUCAACAUGCACAACCCUUCAUGUGUUCAUGACCUGGAAACCUAUAUUAGCUUACUCAAAUCUCCCAAGAAUGACAGAAACAUUCAGAAAGGUGGAAGACUCGUCGAAAUUUUCGAUAAAGCGAAGGAUUUGAUGCUCCAAAAUGCCAAUAAGGUUAACAUUUUUCCCCGGAAAAACUCGGUGAUUGAUUUGGUAAGUUUAGUUCAGAAUCGACGAAAUCGUUCAUCCUACAAUAUUUCUUAGGAUGAACAUGAACUGGUUGAUCUUUCCUACCCUCAAUUUGUCUUGCUAGCUUCAUUUUUUUUGGGGGUGAGAUGAUCGAUUGUGAGAUCUAGCAUGUAUACAUACAUACAUAUAAUAUAUAUAUAUAUAUAUAUAUAUAUAUUUGUACAUUCGACAAGUUUUUGUAACCUCUAAAUAAAGUUUUGAGGUUAUUUAGUUAACAUUGAUGUUGUACUAGAAAAUCAGCAUGCAUGCAUGGUUGGUAAUUAACUAAUUCAAACAAGUUUACAUGGUUAA